CUUACAAUGACGGACCAAGAAAACAACAACAGCUUUUCAGCCAAUCCUUUUGCUGCCCUCUUUGGAUCUUUAGCUGAAGCUCGUCAAUUUGUGUCUGGGCAGAAACUCGGGCAGCAGACUGAGGCGGAUGCUGGAGAGAGCCAAGACGAGUCCGACAAUAGCGUGUCAGAAAGCUUGGAUGACUGCGAUGACUCUGUGGCAGAAAUCAGUCGAUCUUUCCGCUCCCAGCAGGAAAUCUGUGAGCAGCUAAACAUAAAUCACAUGAUCCAAAGAAUCUUCCUUAUCACCUUGGACAACAGUGAUCCUAGUCUGAAGAGUGGGAGUGGAAUUCCAUUACUUUGUGUGUAUUUGGAGGAACUUGGAUCAGAGCUGGAUGGACAGGACUGGCUUGACAUGGAUAAUGUUGAACAGGCUGUAUUUACUCGACUGCUUUUAUCAGAACCAGGAAAGUAUCUGAUCUGUAUGACAUCCUCUGGAGCCCCCAACCUGUCUGCAGAGAGGGAUGCCGGAGAGAAACAAAUUAUCCCAUUCUUAUUUUCCUGUUUUCAAAGAUCAAAGAAAGAGGUCACAAAAGUGCCUGAGAACCUUUUACCAUAUGCUGUACGCUGUAAAGCUCUGACUGUAUCCAAUGCUCGCACUGUUCUACUGACCCCAGAAAUAUACCAAGGGCAGGAUAUUGCUACACAGUUGGUGGAUUUGAUGCUAGAAGAACUCAAAGGAGCAAAUUUUGAAGAGGUAACUGAGUUCUUGGAGGAGGUGAUAGAGGCACUUCUGAAAGACGAGGAGGUCCGCUCUUUUAGUGAGGUCUUUCACCCAGUGUUUGAUGUACUCUUGAAGCGCAUACAGGAUUUAGACCUUUGCCAGAUGCUACUCUACACUUACCUUGACCUUCUUCUCUACUGCACCCGGCAGAAGGACAUUGCCAAGGUGUUUGUGGAAUAUAUUCAGCCACAGGACCCCACAAAUGGACAUCAGUAUCAGAAGACUCUAUUGGGUGCCAUCCUUAAUAUAUCAUGUUUGCUGCACACGCCAGGGGUGGUUGAGAAUCAUGGAUAUUUUAUAAAUCCCUCUCGCUCCAGCCCCCAAGAGAUCAAAGUACAAGAAUCUAAUAUACAUCAGUUUAUGGCUCAGUUUCAUGAGAAGAUAUAUCAGAUCCUGAAGAACCUUCUUCAGUUAUCCCCAGAUACGAAGCACCGUAUUUUGUCCUGGCUGGGAAAUUGCCUUCAUGCCAAUGCUGGUCGUACCAAAAUCUGGGCUAGCCAAGUGCCUGAGAUCUUCAUGCAAACCUACGCAUCUGAAAGUUUCUUCCUUAACCUUGGAGCCGCCUUACUUCGCCUCUGUCAACCAUUCUCUAAGCCACGGUCUGCACGCCUGCUGACCUUUAACCCCACCUAUUGUGCUCUAAAAGAAAUCAACGAGGAGGAGCGCAGGAGCAGGAAUAUGCACAUGAAAGGUCUGGAUAAGGAGACCUGCUUAAUACCAGCUGCUGCGGACCAGCAGCCUGACUUUCCUGAGAAUUUCAACUUGGUGACAGAAAACCUGGUGUUGACACAAUACACAUUGCACUUAGGCUUCCAUAGGUUGCACGAGCAAAUGGUGAAGGUCAACCAGAGCCUGCAUCGGCUUCAGAGUGCAUGGAGGGAUGCCCAGCAGAGUGCGAGCCCCACAGCUGAGAAUCUCAGAGAACAGUUUGAGCGUCUUAUGACCAUUUACCUAUGUCUUAAAACAGCUUUGAGUGAACCCCAAAUGCUUCAGAACUGUAUUCACCUACAAGUAUCGACUGCACUGCUUUUAGUGCAGAUUGCAUAUGGCAACAAAGGCACAGAACCAAUGGCCCUCUCUUUUCCUGUGCCCAAUAUACAGCACAGCGCUCUGGCAUAUGUUCCAGAAUUCUUUGCUGAUAAUUUGGGGGAUUUCUUUAUAUUCCUACGCCGAUUUGCAGAUGAAGUUUUGGAAACUGCAGCAGACUUCUUAGAGCAAAUUCUUGAUUUUAUCACUGUGUUUACUGGCAGUGUGGAGAGAAUGAAGAACCCCCACUUGCGGGCCAAGCUGGCAGAGGUCCUAGAGGCAGUGAUGCCACAUCUGGAACAGGUGCAGAACCCCUUGAUUUCUAGUGUGUUCCAUCGGCAGCGUAUCUUCUGUUCAUACCAACAUGCCCCACACUUGGCGGAGGCCCUCAUUAAGGUGUUUGUUGACAUUGAAUUCACAGGGGACCCCCAUCAGUUUGAACAGAAGUUCAAUUAUCGACGACCAAUGUACCCCAUCCUUAAGUACAUGUGGGGAAGAGACAACUACAGACAAAGUAUAAAGAAACUGGCUGACUAUGCCUCUGAAAAUCUGGAAGCAAUGAACCCACCUCUCUUCUUACGUUUCCUUAAUCUCCUCAUGAAUGAUGCUGUAUUUCUGCUGGACGAGGCAAUCCAGUAUCUGAGCAAGAUUAAAGUCCUGCAGAUAGAAAGGGACCGAGGUGAAUGGGAUGGACUAAGCCCUGAGAACCGGAGGGAAAAGGAGUCCAACCUCCUUAUGUUUGGCCAGCUGGCCCGGUUCCAUAAUAUAAUGUCAAAUGAGACCAUUGGAACCUUGGCCUUCCUUACAUCAGAUAUACAUUCUCUCUUUAUUCAGCCAUUUCUUGCUGAUCGCACUAUUUCCAUGCUCAACUACUUCCUGCAACAUCUUGUCGGACCUAAAAUGGGGGCCUUAAAGGUGAAAGAUUUCAGUGAGUUUGACUUCAAGCCACAGCAAUUGGUGUCUGACAUCUGCACAAUCUACUUAAAUCUCGGGGAAGAGGAGAAAUUCUGUGCCUCUGUACCUAAGGACGGCCGCUCGUACUCACCCAUGCUUUUUGCUCAAACUGUACGGGUACUAAAAAAGAUAAAUAAGCCUGGAAAUAUGAUUGUGGCAUUCACCAAUUUAGCUGAAAAGAUCAAGUCCCUGGCAGACCUGCAGCAACAGGAAGAAGAAACAUUUGCUGAUGCACCCGAUGACUUCUUAGACCCCAUUAUGAGUACAGUUAUGUCUGACCCAGUAAUUCUACCCUCCUCCCGUGUGACUGUGGAUAGAUCAACUAUUGCCAGACACCUUCUGAGUGACCAGACUGAUCCUUUCAACCGUAGUCCUCUAACCAUGGAUCAGAUCAAACCAAAUGUUGAAGUUAAAGACCGGAUCCUUCGCUGGCUAGCCCAGCGGAAGCAGCAGAGUAAGGACCUUGACCAUGGAUCGUUAUAGACAGACUUACAAACCGGAAAUGGAUAUUUCAGCUUCCUUUAGCAGCAGAUGAUAUUAAUGCUAUAGACAAGUUUGGGAUUUUAGUUAAUAAGACUAUAAGCCACCACCUUGAUUUAUAGCCACAUGAAAUACAUGUAUGCACAAACUCUAUUUACAAGAAUGGGGAUUUCCAGAAAAGACUUGUUAAUUCGGUAAAUAUAGGUAGUGAGUCAACCAAUGUCUUUGCUGCUAGUCUUAUCUAUAAAAGACAUUGGUAGCUUUGUAAAAUAGUGGCCUGCUUAUAAUUUUUGUUAUAAAAUAAAAUAAUUUGAGGGGG